CCUUUGUAGACUGUACACACGUUGGAAUCUGUUGUCCACAUUAUACAGCUCCAAUCGUAAAUGUGAGAAGUAUUGACUGUCUCUCGUUUCUUGACAAUCUUGGACUGCAAUCAUGCUCGACCGGCUUGUUGGCCUUGCGAUGCUCAUUGUAGCUACCACCGUCUUUCUCUACUACACGAUAUGGACACUUCUAAUGCCCUUUGUCGAUGAAGGCCAUCAACUCCACUCCUUGUUCCCACCCCGAGUGUGGGCGAUUCGGAUUCCGGUCAUCCUCAUCCUCCUCGGGUCGGCGGUCGUGGGAAGCUUCCUUUCGAUCGUCAUGAUUCGCAGCAAUCGACGAAAGGCACUCAAAGCCAAAGCCAAGAAGGGACAGUAAACCAUUUGCAUUGGACACAAGAAGAGCAUGGCGUUCGGGACUAUUUGGCUUUACUCUGUAUAAUUAGCGGCAGUGAUCAUGCUCGGAGGACAUUGGUGACAGGCUAUCGUCAAGCUAUCACGCGUACUGCCUCGGUGACAGCAAUGGGGUUGGUGGUAUCAUCCUCAAGAUUCUGUAGGGCAUCAUCCGAAUGCAUAGUCAACAGCAAGAGAUGAGCGGCAACAGCAGAUGUCUGAUGAUUAGCGUGCUUAAAUCACUCUUUAACGACAUCCUUCCUACCCACACGGCUCCUUGUUCCAGCCAAGCUCCCUCAAAUUAUACAACCGCCGCAAC